AUGGCCGGACCGCAUGGCCGGCGCUCCCCACCACCAAUCCGCAGCUCGGAUCAGCGCCGCACGCCCGCCGCGACAUAUCCUCGUGCAGCCGCCACGCCCCACGCCCACAUCUCUGACUUCCUGGACCUCCCUCCGCCAUGGCAUCCACAAAGGAAAUACCUCGGCGUCCGCCAGCGCGCGUGCGGGACUUGGGUGGCGAAGAUCACCGACCGGGAGACCCAAACAAAGAAGUGGAUCAGGUCGUUCCACACGUCAAAGCUCGCCGCCCUGGAAUAUGACCGGUGGCAGAUCCGGUUCCACAGCAAGGCGGUGAGGCUCAAAUUGCCGUGGGGUACGGUGCCCGCCCACCUCGUCCCGGUGGCAGAUCCGGUUCCACACGAAGAAGUGGAUCCGGUUCCACGGCGACGAUGGCUCGAGAGGCAAGGAAUACAUGACGGUCCUCCGCCACCAGCACCCGGCGCUCGUGGAGGCGGAGCAGGGGGGGUCUACGGGGAGGUUAUUGUCAUCUCCGACGACGAGGUGCAAGGCGGCGACAGCGGCGGUCAAGACGAGAAGGAGUUCGAUGUCGAGGAGUGGCAGUGCAUCUUCCCCGCCUCCGGUGAUGACGGCACCGGCUGA